AAAAAACACCCCCAAAAAUGUUCAUUCGGGGGCAGACUCGCCCUCUAUCCCCAUUUCUCAUAGGUGAGAAGACGUUACUUCUCCAAGUUGUUGCGUUUCUGCUUCGUCUCCUUCCUGCUUUUGCUGAUGGUGGUCAACGCGUACCUGACCAUGUCCCACCGCUCCCUCAGCAACCAAACUCCGUUCCAGAUCUUCUUUUACUUCGAGCACUUCAUCCUGUUGUUCGCGGCGAUCACCACCAUCUCCAGUUACAUCCAGGACCGCAAGGAGAACUUUGGAGUCCCGCAGCAGAACAGAGACUUCUCCGAGCUCUGCUUCCCCGUCAUCGACAGUUUCUCCAGGCUUCUCCUCUACGUGGGAUUCAUAGUCAGUAUGAUCGAAGUCCGCACCUUCCCCCUCUUUGCCGCCCACCCCGCAUACCUGACCAUGACGGAGUUCAAGCAAGCAGCAGUGGAUCUCUUCACGUGGUACCGCGCCGAUCGCAACGGCAACACGCUCCUCCCCGGUGCCACCCUGGAGGAGCUGCCGGCCGAGGACAACGGCUGCAUCAUCUGCCGCGAGGAGAUGGGGACGGAGGUGACGGCUCUGCCGUGCUGCCACGUCUUCCACACCAGCUGCCUGCGGUCGUGGUUCCAGCGCCAGUGGACGUGUCCCAUGUGUCGGAUGCCCGUCCAGCGCGUGUCCUACCCUGAGCUGAUGCCCCCCGACCCUCCAGUGCAGCCCCCCGACCCUCCAUCGCGGCCUUCGACGCCACCGCAGAGCUCUCCGGAUCCUGAGCCCCAAGAGUGGUAUCCCUCUGAUGAGGAGGAGGAGGAGGAGGAGGAGGAGGAAGAGGAGGAAGAAGAGGAGCAGCCAUCAACCGAAACUCUGACCCAGGAAAUGAUUCAGCGCUACCGGGAACUUUACACCCGCUUCGAGGGUGAGAAGAUCGCCGCGUGGCUGCUGCGCUGCUGGGACAACGACGCCGAUUCUGUUCACUUGGAAGGCAGGAAUCUCCGCCUCUUGGGAUCUCUGUCAAACGAGUCGUCUGUGGACUGCAUGAUCUGCAGAAGGGAAGACCGAAGCUUCACCCUGUGGAAGCGAAUGCUGAGCGCCGUCAGGCAGCGCUAUCGCUAUCAGGGAUACGUAAUGCCCCGCCUGCGUGCCUGGUUCACCUUAGAUGAGGCCGUCCGGUACCUACGGGAGCUGGCGCUGGCGGAGAUGCUGUACGACGAAUCCUUCGACCCCAACGACCCCGAUGCCAACAGCUGCCCCGACAGCAUCAAAUGCACGCCCAUGAUAUGGUGGCAUCUCAGCAACAGCGCGCCGCCCGAAUUCGUCAGCACGGUGACGGCCAUGCAGUGCACGUGCCACAACUCGAUCUCUGUGAGGCUCCUGUGUUGUUUCCUAAGAGAAUACGAUAAAAAAGUCACGUCUCCUCAAAGGGAGUGCUUCGCUCUGGUGCGGGCGUUGGCUGAAGAAGUGAAAAAACUGUCCAGGGAGGUCCAGCAGCUUAAAAAAGCCAAGCUUUGCUCCUCGUCCUCGCCACUCGACGAGUUGGCUGUGCGAGAUGGACAAGAUGGAUGUCCUUCCGGCUCUGCUCUAGCGCUGGUCGAAGAUGGCUGCGUGCCACGCCUCACCUUCUGGUUUUACCUGCGAGAUCACGGGGAGAACAUGAAGAAGUGGGAUGGGAAACCCACCUCGGCCCUGCAGAGAAGGGUGGAAGAGCUGCUGAGGAGGUCCGGCCCCCCCGAGGGCUCCUCCAGGAGAAGGGCUGCAGCCAGGCGCCGCGAUGCCUGCGCUUCUCCGUAGGCGUUCCGUAUGGAGCGAAGGGGAGGAGCUGUGGUUCCCAAAGUGCUCCGUUGGGUUUGUUGGAAAUACCUCGCUGAUUUAUCAAGGCGGUAUCUCUGAUAAAGCAGAUUUUAUUCCUCUUGGCAAGCAGGAGAGCGCGCAGAAAACAAUCUUACAUCUUUUAUUCCCUGUUACUCGAUGCUUAUCUCUUUCUCCCCUGGUUCCUCGUUGGCCCAGUGCUUCAGGGUCGCCAUCUUCCCGACGCUCAACAUAGGGGUACUGGAUGAGCAUCAAUUGUUGCUACCUACGCACAUAUCUCUAAUUAGUUAGCUCCUCGUCUUUGCUCAUUCAACACUCGGUCGUUGUUUCCGCACUUCUGCUCGUCGUUGCACAGAGAUAAGCUUGGAGGAGGACGGAGGGGAGGAUCUUCAUGGCUGCCUGUUGCAUCCCAGCCUACCCACAGAGCGAGGCAAGCCAGCCCUGCGUAGAGGCCCGUAGCCCUACAGUAUGCUUUCUAGUCCUUAAUUCUCUACCUAUAUUAUUUGGAACACUUAAAAACUACUGCAGUUCUGCAAGCGAGAAUUAAUCACCUCAUUCAGCAACUCUAUUUCUAAAGUACGUUGCUAACGUAGGCGGUGUUUCUACUUUUUCACAUCGGCUCUUUGUAAGAACAAGUUCCAAAAUACAAACACGUUGUGCUCUGCUUCUUCA